GAGUGCUUCCGCGCCGCGCUGGCCGAGGAGCCCCCGGCGGCGCUGCCUGGCGCCUCUGCCCAGGUACGCCUGCGCUUCUUCGGGCUGGUGCCCGCGAGGGCCUGGGUGGGGAGGUCGCUGCGCACGCCGUGCUUCGCGGUGGCGGGAGGCCUGGAG